UUUAAUAUAUUUUUCUUAAGUUUUGGUAAAUAAAUAUAUAUAUUUUUUUUAAGGAGGAAGAGAAGAAUAUGUGGAAUAGAAGAGUUAGGGUGCCACCGAAAUGUUGGGGAUUUCACAAUCAUUUUGUGGUUUAGAAUUUAUAGUUGUGAAAAUUCUCUUUUUGUUAUACUAAACAGAAGCUGAGUCGUAAUGAACCUGUACUUGUUCAUGAACUUAAUUAAUAAAAAAAUUAAGCAUAAUAAAUCUCCUAAUUUUUUGGUCUAAAAUCUAAGAUCCGAAACUUCAAACUAGUCAGAGAUAAGAAAUAAAAGCAUCUGAAUAUUACUAGGGAAAUUCGUAACUGAAGCCUGAAUAUGCGGCACUUGUCAUCACCAAGCCUUCAAAUAUAUAAGUCAUUUGUUACACUCUCACAUAUCACAUGCAAAAGCUUCGAGUCUUUUGAUUCUCUUUGAUCAAGAACUUUCUCUUUGUUUCUCUUGCGAUCGAUAUAUUUUCUCUGUUAUACAGUCUCUCUAUAUAAGCUGCAUUAGGGUUUCAGUCUGAUUAUGAGUUUUCGAGGUUUUUCGAGUAGUUUGGAUUGAGAUUUUGGGUUGAAAGAAGGGACUAAUUAGCUAAAGGGCCAUUGUUUGGGGUGAAAUAUUCUUGUUCAAUUUUCCACCAUAAAUGACAAAAGGGUUUUUCGUGUUUUCUAGUUUUCCGGCAACUUUUGUGAACUGGCCUACUACAUUGCUGUUUGUGAUUACCGGUCCACGCUCUUCCUCAUCACCGGAGUCCGGCUCAACAAUUUCAAGAGCAGUGAUUAAGUUUCGUAAAAGAUGAUAAGCGAAGCCCCUAACCGAGACAUUGAAGGAGCUGAAGUUGUGGAUACAAACAUCCAUGAGAUAACUCAGGAGUCCAAACCCACUGUCAAAAAGAGAGUAGGAGGAUGGAAACUUGCACUUAUCUUGCUAGCGAACCAAGGCCUAGCAACACUAGCUUUCUUUGGUGUAGGAGUGAACUUGGUUUUGUUUCUGAUCAGAGUUCUUGAUCAAGAAAGUGCCACUGCGGCAAACAACGUUAGCAUAUGGACUGGAACUGUUUAUUUGUUCUCUCUAGUUGGAGCAUUCCUCAGUGACUCCUAUUGGGGUCGUUACUUAACCUGCGCAAUCUUUCAAGUCAUCCUUGUUCUGGGCUUGGGGCUAUUAUCCUUGACGUCUUGGCUGUGGCUGAUCCAUCCGCAUGGUUGCGGUGGUGUAGGCAAUUACUGCCAGCCAACAUCCAAAGUAGGUGUGGCUCUCUUUUACCUAUCAAUAUAUCUAAUAGCACUUGGAUACGGUGGCCACCAACCAACUAUUGCAACAUUUGGAGCAGACCAAUUCGACGAGAGUGAUCCCAAACAACAAUUUUCGAAAGCAGCUUUCUUUGCUUACUUCUACUUUGCACUCAACGUUGGGUGUCUUUUCUCAAACACCAUAUUGGUUUACUAUGAGGAUAAAGGUUUAUGGACUCUGGGGUUUCUGGUGUCAUUAGGAUCUGCUAUCUUAGCCCUAGUGUCAUAUUUGGCAGCAUCACCUGGGUAUCGCUACAUAAAACCAUGUGGCAACCCGUUGCCACGCGUGGCUCAGGUAUUCGUGGCUGCCUUUAGAAAAUUGAGUGUUGCUCCAACCAGCCCGGAUAAUCUUUAUGAGCUGGAAGGAACAAAAUCUGCAAUCAAAGGGAGUAGAAAGAUUCUCCACAGUAAUGAGAUUUUGUUUUUGGACAAGGCAGCGACAAUAACCGAGAAGGAUCAAACUGCAGACGAAACGAAUCCAUGGAGGCUUUGUACUGUAACUCAAGUUGAGGAAGCGAAAUGCGUACUAAAAAUGCUACCUGUUUGGCUUUGCACCAUAAUUUACUCAGUGGUGUUUACACAGAUGGCUUCACUUUUUGUGGAGCAAGGUGAUGUGAUGGAAUCCCACAUCGGAAAGUUUCACCUUCCGGCCGCCAGCAUGUCUGUAUUUGACAUAUGCAGUGUCUUUAUCUGCACAGGACUUUAUCGCAAUUUCCUUGUGCCUUUAGCCGGAAGGUUAAGUGGGAACCCAAAAGGCUUAUCCGAGCUUCAAAGAAUGGGUGUAGGGCUUAUUAUUGGAUUGUUGGCAAUGGUUGCGGCCGGUGCCACGGAAAUUGCUAGGCUCAGAGGUGUUACACCAGGUGAGAAGGUAAGCUCACUAAGCAUAUUUUGGCAAAUCCCACAAUAUGUUCUUGUUGGUUCUUCAGAAGUUUUUAUGUAUGUGGGACAACUAGAGUUCUUCAAUGGACAAGCCCCGGAUGGGAUUAAAAGCUUUGGAAGUUCAUUGUGCAUGGCGUCGAUAUCUCUCGGAAACUAUGUGAGCAGCUUACUAGUUAACAUAGUAACGCAUAUUACAGCUAGAGGUGGAGACCCUGGUUGGAUCCCAAAUAAUCUGAAUGAAGGUCAUUUGGAUAGAUUCUACUUCCUCAUUGCAAUUCUAACAGCUUUGGAUUUUGUGGUUUAUUUGUUUUGCGCUAAGUGGUAUAAGGGCAUCAACCUCCAAGGCUCCGAGCAGGAGAUUGAGAUCAUGGAAGAUCAGAAGGGCAAUGAUCUCCAAGGUUCUGAGCAGAGAACUCAGAUCACGGAAACUCAACAUGGAAGUUCAUCAAAUCAGGAAAAAUCACAAGAUGAGGCAGCGCUCAACAUAGUUUAGACCUUAAGUUUUAUGUUCCUUAUUUUAUGUUCUUUUGUGGCAGUCUUUCCCUUGUUUUGUGUUUGAAUGUAAGCUGAAGUUUUAAAAUAAAGAUAUUGCAGAGUAGAGGAUGACUUCUCCUUUUUUCA